UGAGAGCUUUUCCUUCAGGAGACAGGAGCGGCGUUCGCGGCCGCCGCGGGCGCCCGGCCCCGCCGGCCCCACCAUGCGCGAGCCGGCCUCCGGCUGUUGAGGCACGGAGACGCGGAAGCGUCGGCCGGCAGCACCGGGCUCUCGGCGCUCCCGGGCGCGUUCGGUCGGCCGGGCGGCGGCGGCGGCGGGAUGGAGCCCGCGACCGCGCCCCAGCCCGACAUGGCGCCGGAGCUGACCCCGGAGGAGGAGCAGCUUAUCUCUUAACUCAGGCAAGAGACCCUGCGGGCAAAGCAUCCUGUGACGGAACCGAAACUAUCCCCUCAAGCAACAAGAACUGCCCUGAGCCUGCAAGACCCCGUGUGAUUGACUCCAAGACAAGGAUCCAGUGAACCUUCACUGCCCACGUGCAUGUACCCACCCACCAUUGUCCCACAUUUUCCUUAUAUAAGCCUGGAAGUAUUUUCGGCACUUUGGAGACAGUCUGAGCCGCUAGUCCGCCGUCUUCCCGGUGUUGGCCUCACUGAAAUAAACUCCUUUCUUGUUCCACCACCGCUCGUCUCUGUGCCUCUGGAUUUUGUCAGCAGCCAGUGGCUGAACCUGGUCUGUUUGAACCCCCAGAGCCAGGCCACCAAGCAGUUUCUUGAAGAGAUUAACAAGUGGACAGUUCAGUACAAUGUUUCCCCUCUCUCUUGGAAUGUGGCUGUCAAGUUCCUCAUGGCCCGGAAGUUUGAUGUGCUCCGUGCCAUAGAGUUGUUCCACUCCUACAGGGAAACACGAAGGAAGGAGGGCAUUGUGAAGCUGAAACCUCAUGAGGAGCCUCUCCGUUCUGAGAUCCUUAGUGGAAAAUUCACCAUCUUAAAUGUUCGGGACCCAACAGGAGCUUCCAUUGCCCUCUUCACUGCCAGAUUGCAUCAUCCCCACAAGUCAGUCCAACAUGUGGUACUUCAGGCUCUGUUUUACUUGCUAGACAGAGCUGUAGAUAGUUUUGAAACUCAGAGGAAUGGACUGGUAUUCAUCUAUGACAUGUGUGGUUCUAAUUAUACCAACUUUGAGCUGGAUCUUGGCAAGAAAGUCCUAAACCUGCUAAAGGGAGCAUUUCCUGCUCGUUUGAAGAAAGUGCUGAUUGUGGGAGCACCAAUAUGGUUCCGAGUGCCCUAUUCCAUCAUCAGCCUCCUCCUGAAGGACAAAGUCCGGGAGAGGAUUCAGAUAUUAAAGACAUCUGAGGUCACCCAGCACCUGCCCAGGGAGUGCCUUCCAGAAAACCUGGGUGGAUACGUCAAAAUUGACCUUGCCACUUGGAAUUUCCAAUUCCUACCCCAGAUGAACGGCCACCCAGAUCCCUUCGAUGAGAUCAUCCUGUUCUCCCUCCCUCCUGCCUUAGACUGGGACUCGGUACAUGUUCCGGGUCCCCACGCCAUGACCAUCCAAGAGCUGAUGGACUAUGUUAGCACCAGACAAAAGCGGGGGAUAUAUGAGGAGUAUGAAGACAUCCGCCGUGAGAACCCUGUUGGCACUUUCCACUGUUCUAUGUCUCCAGGAAACCUAGAGAAGAACCGCUAUGGGGAUGUGCCCUGCCUGGACCAAACGAGAGUGAAGUUGACAAAACGAAGUGGCUAUACUCAGACAGAUUACAUCAAUGCCAGUUUCAUGGAUGGCUACAAGCAGAAGAAUGCUUACAUUGGUACACAAGGCCCUUUGGAGAAUACCUAUCGUGACUUCUGGCUCAUGGUAUGGGAGCAAAAAGUCCUGGUGAUUGUCAUGACCACCCGCUUUGAGGAGGGUGGCAGGAGAAAGUGUGGCCAGUACUGGCCUUUAGAAAGAGACUCUCGGAUCCGAUUCGGCUUCCUCACGGUGACCAAUCUAGGCGUGGAGAACAUGAACCAUUAUAAGAAAACAACGUUAGAAAUUCACAACACGGAGGAACGGCAGAAACGCCAGGUGACCCACUUUCAGUUCCUGAGCUGGCCAGACUAUGGUGUCCCUUCCUCAGCAGCUUCUCUCAUUGACUUCUUAAGAGUGGUCAGGAACCAGCAGAGGCUGGCCGUCAGCAGCAUGGGUGCACGCUCCAAAGGGCAGUGCCCUGAGCCACCCAUUGUGGUCCACUGCAGUGCAGGCAUUGGCAGGACAGGUACCUUCUGUUCACUGGACAUCUGCCUGGCACAGCUGGAGGAGCUUGGCACCCUUAAUGUGUUCCAGACAGUGUCCCGCAUGAGGACCCAGAGGGCCUUCAGCAUCCAGACCCCUGAGCAGUACUAUUUUUGCUACAAGGCAAUCCUGGAGUUCGCAGAGAGGGAGGGCAUGGUGCCCUCCAGUCACAACCUCCUGGCCAUGGAGGGUCAGUAACUGUCCCACGAUCCUCCUACCUGCUGGCCAUCCUUCCUUAAACUACCCUGGACACCGCUGAGCCUGUAGGUUGCCACCAGUUACGCUGAAGCAAUGGACCAACCUUCUACUUGUGUCUCCUGGCGCACUCGUGCACGCAAGGCAGUCUUUCCCUUUGGCUAGAUAGAUGUGGUGAAGUUGCCACUAGAAAGGGCCAGCAGCAAUGUGUUCUUAAUUCCUAGCACCUGCUAUCGAACUGUGCCUUAUUAAAACCAAAUUGUGGCUAUCGGUUUUUGCCAGGGGCCCCGAGGUAAGUGGGGAAGGAACCUCCCUCCCCCCUUUCCCAAUGCCAUUCUCCUUCUCGAGGUCUCUUUCCCAUUCCUUCCCUUUGCUAGGAUUUGAUGGGGAGGUUUGGUGUGAGCAUCCACCCUCCUUCCCAGAGAGCUUGACCAAGUUACAUACUUUAGAGAACGUCCCCAGUGCCAAGCACGUUUAUACCUAGGGCGUGUAUUCCAGUCUUUUCUGUCAUUCUCUGUGUGUGUGUGUAUGUGUGCGCACUUACAUGUAUGGGUCCAUAUGUACGUGUGUAUAUAAUAUAUAUUGUAUGUGAUAAUAUGGUCGUAUUCUAUAAAUACAUAUACACAGAGAUACUCCUUUGUAGACGUUCCUGGAGUUCCGUGUUGCAGUUCAGGACUGCUUGCUUCUUGGACCCUACUGUUUAUCCUGGACUAGCUGGGGUUGGGGAUCAUAUCUCUUACUGUCAGACCACAGAGUGGUGGAAGAGGACACACACAUCCACUCUUCAUGCUCCUGCCACAGGCCUUCAUUCUCACAUAAUGACUUAUCUCUUUCCAGGAGACUGCCUGUUGCAGCCGAGAAUUCUGGUUUGUGGUGACACUGGUUUAACUCAGCAUGAAUUGCUCUUAUCUGGUGAUUUUACUUUGUUUACUUUGCCAAUUUGAGGAAUAGACCUCCACUGUGAUUCCAGACCCCUCUUUCCUCUCACUGUCCCUUGGGGCUUGGGGUCUGGGAGUAGAAAUGAACUCACUGAGCAGUCAGAGCCAAGAGCAAUUGGUACGAAGUCUUAGAGGGAAAGAGAGGGAACCCAGGUGUGGGAGAAAGGAAACUACUAUGAGAAUCCCUCCUUGGGAGUGAGCUUUUUCUUUUCUAGAAAGUUCCUUUCCUUAUGCAACUUGGCCCUGUCCACUCAAAUGCCCAUCUCUUCCUGCCUAGCAGCCUGCCACACUUUGGAGCUCAAGCUGGGUGGGUUCUGUGUCAAUAAAAAGCUUGACCCCUGGCUGGGUGAGGCAGUUCCCUGCAAUCACUGUUUGCCCCCUAUUCACCCAACCUGUCCCUGUCUGCUCCCAGCCUCCCCAGCCUGAUGUGCCAGGGAUGGAGUCAAGAGUCCCCGGCACUCCACAUUCCCAAGAAAAUCCCAGGAACCCCUAAACCCUCCCCCAUCACAGAUGAGGUUGGCAGCUGAUCAGACCUCAAUAAUUUUAUACUGUAAUAAGCUCUUUGAAUGUAUAUAUUCUUAUUUUUACAAUCUCUUCAUUUUGUAUUUAACGUCAAUGGACUGAGUCAGAUUCAGAAAAUAAUUGUAAAUGUUCAUAUUCAAUAUCUUAUAGCGAUACAGUUUUGUAUUUACAUAUAAAUAUACCGACAUGAUCAAA